CAUCUCAGGAGGCAUGCGAGGAGGCUUUAUUAGAGGCAAGCUCCCUGGGGUUGGCCAGGCCUGCAGAGCUGCUCAUGGGGUCUGACUUGAUACGCCCACAGGUUGCUGUUCGUGCGCUUGUCUCUGCUUGCUGUAGAGGGUUUGUCAAUGUAGUAGACACGCUCAUUAAGUGUGGAGUAGACGCCAAUGCAAUAGAUAGAGUUCUGCUUCGAUCUUCCAAGCCAUCCCUGCAUGCCAAUGUUGACUGUAAUGCGCUUACUGCUGCAAUUGUCAGCCGACAAAUAUCAGUGGUUAGAUUGUUGUUGCAGGUUGGCGUCCGGAUGGACACUAAGGUGAGGCUGGGAGCCUGGUCUUGGGACAUGGAUACAGGUGAAGAAUUCCGAGUUGGUGCUGGGUUAGCCGAGGCUUAUUGGGUCACUUGGUGUGCUGUGGAGUAUUUUGAAGCAAGUGGUGCUAUAUUGCGGAUGCUUCUCAGACACCUCCCCCUUAACACCCUUCACUUCGGGAGGACUCUCAUCCACCACGCCAUCCUAUGUGACAAUGCAAGAGCAGUAAAAGUGCUGCUAAACUGUGGUGCAGAUAAAGAACUUCCGGUUAAAACAACUUCAAAAAAAGAGUGCCGCCCUAUCCAUUUAGCUGCACGGCUUGGAUCAGCCAAAGUGCUUGAGCAGCUGACAGUCGGUGGCUGCAAUCUCAACUCUCGAACAGAUUCUGGAGAAACUGCGUUAAUGAUAUGUGCUAGAUAUAAGCAAAAGGAAUGUCUAAAAAUCUUGGCCUCAGCUGGUGCUGAUUUUGGAUUGGUCAAUUCAGCCGGUGAGUCUGCUAGCUUAAUUGCAAGGUCAACCAAAUGGGCUCUUGGCUUCCAGCAAGCAGUGAUAGAUGUGAUUCGGGAUGGGAAGAGUCUGAUAUCAAGCAAUGUCUCAGUAUUUUCUCCCUUGAUGUUCGUGGUUCAAGCAAAUGAUAUUGAAACCUUGAAACUGCUCAUUGAGAAGACAGAUAUCAAUCUUGAUGAACAGGAUGAAGAUGGAUUCUCUGCUGCUAUGAUAGCUGCAGCCGGAGGUCAUGUGGAAGCUUUCAGGUUACUGGUUUAUGCAGGGGCCAAUGUAAAGCUGCAGAACAAAUAUGGCGAAACGGCAAUCACCUUAUCGGAGUUAAGCCACCACGGAGAAGCCGUCGAAAAGGUGAUGCUUGAUUAUGCACUUGAAGAGGGACAUAACUAUUCCGCCGGUGUUCAUGCUCUGCAUCGUGCAGCGCACCGGGGCGACAUAGAUUUGAUUUAUAUGUUAACUAGAAGAGGUUAUGAUGUGAAUGCCUAUGAUAGUGAAGGAUACACCCCGCUAAUGUUAGCUGCAAGAGGAGGCCACAGCAGAGUGUGUGAGCAUUUAAUUUCAUGUGGGGCCAGCAGUGAUCUUAAGAAUCCGAAAGAGGAAACUGCACUCUCGCUUGCCAGGAAGAAUGGCUAUGGAACUGAACCAGAGAAUGUAAUAUUGGACGAACUUGCUAGACAACUUGUUCUGGGUGGGACUCAAGUCAAGAAGCACACCAAAUGCGGCAAAGGAGCUCCACACUAUAAAGUAUUAAGGAUGGUAGGUGCUGUUGGGUUGUUGCGGUGGGGAAAGUCAAGCAACAGAAAUGUGGUUUGCAGAGGUGCUGAGGUUGGUCCCAGCCCAAAGUUCCAGUGGAAUCGCCGGAGAAAACUUGAUGUUGAAGACCCUGGAAUGUUUCAUGUAAUCACUACAAAGAACAAGGAAGUGCAUUUUGUGUGUGAAGGUGGAGUUGAAACGGCUGAGUUGUGGGUAAGGGGAAUCAAGCUUGUGACAAGGGAAGCUAUCUUUGGAACAAGAGCAGAGUGAUCUGUGAAUGGUGGA